AUGAAGUGCUCUCUUCUUUCCAGCGUGACCCUCGCCCUUGCGUUGUGUCUCACGCCUGCCUAUGCUGUUUUAAACCCUGAAAUUCCAUCCAACCCGUUUGCUAUCACGAAGGACCUCGAUAAAGGCGGAUACUACCUCGAUCUGCCAGGAACGUCCAAGCUCACGAUGAGAGAUGAGGCAAAUGCUCCCCGGGAAAUUCGCGCAUUCGCCGGUGAUAGUAUGCAACAGCUGCCUGAGGCUCUGCACAUCAAGUAUCGGCAUAGAAAGGAUAAAAGUAAAUAUGGUCCCGUCGUCCGAGUCAGUCCCUAUGAGCUAGACAUAUCCGAAAUUGACGCCGUCAAGGAAAUUCACCGCGUCGGAGGACGAUACUUGAAGUCUGAUUUUUAUGAGAAUAUCGGCCACCGAAGUCUGAAGACUCUCUUUAGCACAACUGAUCCCACUCACCAUGCCAUCCGGCGGCGGCUGCUAUCAGCUGGAAUGGCGCGCAGCAAUCUUGCACGCCUGGAGCCAGUGGUAAUGGAGCGCGUGCGUAUGACGAUUCGCCGCAUGUCAGAGGAACGAGCAACGCGCGGAGUGAUUGACGUGUUUAAAUGGUGGACCUUUAUGGCCACUGAUGUUAUUGGAGAACUGAGCUUUGGGGAAUCUUUUCGGACCUUGGAUAAAGGAGAAAAAACCCAGUAUAUCAAAGAUCUUGAAAAUAUUUCCUCAUUUAUGGCAAUUCGUACGACUUUCCCUACUCUGCUUCGGUAUGCCCAGUUCAUACCAAUCUUUCCUCUCCUGAAAAGGGUCUCGGAAGCCGGUCAACGGAUGUUUCGUUAUGCUCAGCAGGCUAUCGGUCGAUACCAAAAUAUGCUUGUGAACAUCCCCGAUCCUAAACCGACGCUCUUCACGAAGAUGUUCAAAGGCGGCCCCGAUGGGCUGACUGAAUUCGAGAUUGUGCUUGAAGCCGGUGGCUAUAUAGUGGCUGGCAGUGACACAACUGCUAUCACAUUGACAUAUCUCGUAUGGGCAGUUUGCAAGAGACCAUCGAUACGUGACCAAUUGGUGGCCGAGGUUGCAAGCUUGCCAGAAGAUUUCAAAGAGGAAGAUCUUCGCGAUUUACCGUAUCUUAACCAGGUUAUCCAAGAAGCUUUGCGACUGCAUUCGGCCGUACCCAGUGCCUUACCACGAGCUGUUCCACCAGAAGGGGCCAGCUUGGCUGGAUAUCAUAUCCCAGGAGGUAUUACAGUGUCUACGCAAGCUUAUACUCUCCACCGUAGCCCGGCAAUCUUCCCGGAACCAGAAAGCUUCAAUCCGAGUCGAUGGCAAGAUCCAUCCAAGGAGAUGAAGAGCAUGUUCAUGCCUUUCGGGGGUGGCUCUCGCAUCUGUAUUGGCAUGCAUCUUGCAUGGAUGGAGUUGCUUCUGGCGACUGCCCUCUUCUUCCGCACGUUCCCUGGGGCUCGCAUUUCUCAGAGUGAAGGAAUGUGUGAUGCAGACAUGGAGGCCAAGAUGUACGUGCUGGUAUCAUCCAGGGGUCGCCGCUGUUUGGUUGAGAUUUAA